GCCAACGAGGAGAGGAAAUCCGUGUAGAGAGAUACGUUGGAAUGGAUGAGUAGUUAAAGUCAUCUUCUUCUAAUUGUUAGUCCCUGCAGCAAUUAAUUGAUCGAGCAUUUUGGGGCUGGAUGUUACUGCUGCCGCUGCCACCGCCAGCCGCUCACCUAUAAAUUAGCCGUCCGAGUUCUGUUCUGAUUUCUGAUUUUGAAUUUGAGGGAUCGAAGACGAAGAAGGAUCACUGGCUUGUGGCUGUGUCGAUUCAUGGAAGAAGGUAACCGCCGCUUCAACCGGAAGCAAUGCCGGCGGGCGCCAACAGGCGACGCCUUGGAAGUAAACAGCGGCCGCAUUGUUCGGUCCAAAGAAAGGAGGGACAGGCACAGCAAGGUGUUAACGGCCAAGGGACUGCGCGACCGCCGCCUGCGCCUAUCGGCGCACACCGCCAUUCAAUUUUACGACGUGCAGGACCGCCUCGGCUACGACCGCCCUAGCAAGGCCGUCGACUGGCUCAUCCAGAACGCCAAGGUUGCCAUCGACAAGCUCACGGCUCUGCCCGGCCACGGCCACGAUGAAGAAACGCCAACGCCAGACGACGUCAGAAUGAUAUGGUGGAACGCGACGGCCAACUCCUGCAACGCCGGUGGCGAGGAAUUCGUUUACAAUGUGGCCCUGCCGUCGUUGCCGGUGGCACUGCAUCUUGUAAACAGGGAACCCCUUCAGUCCAGUAGUUGGCCUUCUCUUCUCGGAUGGGCAAAUGCUACUUCUUUCCAUUCUCCGGCCGACGUGUCUGAGUGCUUCAAUAGUUUCUCAGAAUUCAACAUGCCAACACGAAUUGACGGCAGAGAGGAACAGAAUCUUUGAGAAUCUCAUGUCUGUGAGAUAACCUAUGUUAAGCAUCAUCUUGAAUCUUUGAUCAUUGUUAAUUUAAUGCAAGGUUUGAAGUUUU